UGUGCGUGUGUGUGGGUCUGCAGCAUCAGUCUCAUGUCAAAGCUGGACUUGAUGAAAGAACAGUGUUUCACAUCUGGGACCAGGUCCUCUGCUUCUCUCACAAGAAGAUUCAUAAAGAAGAGGAGGGUCGCUCCGGGGACGCAGCAGGAUGCUGACAGUGACCAUCAGUGCAGGUGUUCCAUACCAUGUUCCCUGUCUGGCAGUAGUCGCACUGUUCGUCGAAUUCUGACAGCCUGCCUCCUCUCUCUGCUGGCCCUUCUUGGUUCUGUAUCCAUUGACCUCAGCUCCCACUUUGAAUUGCUGCACAGUACAGAGGCCGCCUACGACGAGCUGACUUCGUGCAGGACGAUAGCCAUCCUGCAACUUGUCAGUAAGCUGCAAAAGAUGAGACAUUUAUUUGCCAAACACACAGGCAAUGAGACACUGGAAGCCAGUUUUUCAGAGGUUCUGUCUCCAGUGUUUGGUCAUCUCUGUGGAGAGAUGGCAGGUCACAGUAACAGCUACGGGCUUUCUUGCAGUGUUGAGUUGGCUGGAUUUUGCCAGGAGAUGAAGAGGGGCGUUCAAGGAUUUCUAAAUACUUCAAUGUAUGCAAACAGCACAAGUGAAAAUGGUACUUCUGCUUUUACGGUGGUCAUCGAUAGACUUCUGGACAUCUGGGGUACUGUAGAAGAUACUUUAGUCAAAGUCAAACAGAGUUCUAACUGGAGAGAUGUUCUGUCUGCAAGACUCCUGGUAACAUUUAUAGAGCUCAACCACCAGCUGAUGGAAUUUCCCCAUAUGGCAGCUAAGACUGACUUCCAGUACAAGUGGACUUAUGUACUGAGCUACCUCGGCUUCGCUAAGGUUUUGAACGAACAACUGAAUGACUGCUGGUUAGAGAACAUAGAUCUUAAGUUAAACUCGAGCCAGCAUGAAAAACAUUCCUAUAUGUUUGACUCAAGUCUGUGGCAGCUCUCUGGAACAGGAACAGUGCUUCUGUCUGGGUCUCAUCUUGGAAUUCAAGCUCUGACAAACACUCAGCAGUGCUUAUUUGAGAGUGCAGUGCCAGCUCUCAGGUUGGUGUCUCGAUCUGUGUCAUCAGGCCUCAGUAUGAAGAUCUGCCUGCUGGCCAUCGCCUGCCUCAUCUACCCGGUGGUUAUGUUCUCUUUCAAGCAAAUGACAGAAUGGAUACAGAGCUAUGCCCAAAGCUUGAGGGAGAGGACAGAGGACCUGAAGCACCAGAGGCAGCUGGCUGAAGAUCUGCUGAACCAAAUGUUGCCCAAGUCAGUCGCAAAGCAGCUUCGCCAACGUAAACAUGUCGAGGCAGAGAGCUAUGAAAAGGUGACCAUUUUUUUCUCUGACAUUGUGGGCUUCACUUCUAUCUCUGCGUCCUGUACUCCUCUGCAAGUGGUGGAGAUGCUCAACAGCCUCUACAUGUGUUUUGAUACACGCAUUGACUCAUAUGAUGUCUACAAGGUGGAGACAAUAGGGGACGCAUACAUGGUGGUGAGUGGUCUUCCUGAGCGGAACGGGGACAGGCAUGCUGAUGAGAUUGCCAAGAUGGCGCUUGAUCUGGUAGCAGCUGUCAGACAGGUCUCCAUGCCUCACAUGCCCAACCAGAGACUGCAGCUCCGAGCCGGCAUCCACACAGGUCCAUGUGUGGCAGGAAUAGUGGGCUCUAAGAUGCCAAGAUACUGUCUCUUCGGAGAUACUGUCAACACAGCCUCCAGAAUGGAGUCCACCAGCCUGCCUCAGAGAAUCCACACCAGUUCAGAAACCUACUUGGCUCUGAUGAAAGACAACGCCUAUGAGCUGCAGCUUCGGGGAGAGAUUGAAGUGAAGUCAUCAGUGACAGUGCAGAGCCUCGGUGAGAACGCCACCACCCCAGUCUCUCUUCCCUCCUCAAUGCUGAGCCAAACACCACCACAGCCUCGGACAGACAUCCCUGGCCUGAGCGUGGCAGCUCAGAUGGAGCCGUGCGGUGGCAGCAAUGGUACCCUGGGCUCCAUGAUUGUGGGGCUGCAGGCAGAUGAGUCCUCCACCCGGCCAGUAUAG